CAGCCCUCCCUCUCCUCUUGUUUGCUAUAAAAACUCUGUACAGCUCAUGUUCGGUCCUUUUUCGCCUCCGCUCUAAAUCAGGGGACGUCUUGGUAGUUGCCUGGCACAGUGACUCAAAAUGGGAAAGGAAAAGACCCACAUCAACAUUGUGGUCAUUGGCCAUGUGGACUCCGGCAAGUCCACUACCACCGGCCACCUGAUCUACAAGUGCGGAGGGAUCGACAAGAGAACCAUCGAGAAAUUCGAGAAAGAGGCAGCUGAGAUGGGCAAGGGCUCUUUCAAGUACGCCUGGGUGUUGGACAAACUGAAGGCCGAGCGUGAGCGUGGUAUCACCAUCGACAUUGCUCUGUGGAAGUUUGAGACCAGCAAGUACUACGUGACCAUCAUUGAUGCCCCUGGACACAGAGAUUUCAUCAAGAACAUGAUCACUGGUACCUCUCAGGCUGACUGUGCCGUGCUGAUUGUUGCUGCUGGUGUCGGUGAGUUUGAGGCCGGUAUCUCCAAGAACGGUCAGACCCGUGAGCACGCCCUGCUGGCCUACACUCUGGGUGUUAAGCAGCUCAUUGUUGGCGUCAACAAGAUGGACUCCACUGAGCCUCCCUACAGCCAGAAGCGUUUUGAGGAGAUCACAAAGGAAGUGAGCGCCUACAUCAAGAAGAUUGGCUACAAUCCUGCCACGGUUGCCUUUGUCCCCAUCUCUGGCUGGCAUGGUGACAACAUGCUUGAGGCUAGUGACAAGAUGGGCUGGUUCAAGGGAUGGAAGAUUGAGCGUAAGGAAGGCGGCGCUUCAGGCAUCACCCUGCUGGAGGCUCUGGACUCCAUCCUGCCACCCACUCGGCCAACUGACAAACCUCUUCGCCUGCCUCUGCAGGACGUCUACAAAAUCGGCGGUAUCGGAACCGUACCUGUUGGCCGUGUUGAGACCGGCGUCCUCAAGCCUGGUAUGGUUGUCACCUUCGCUCCUCCCAACCUGACCACUGAGGUGAAGUCUGUGGAGAUGCACCACGAGUCUCUGCCCGAGGCCCUGCCCGGCGAUAACGUCGGCUUCAACAUUAAAAACGUGUCCGUCAAGGAAAUCCGUCGUGGAAACGUGGCUGGUGACAGCAAGAACGACCCACCUAUGGCAGCAGAAAAUUUCACUGCUCAGGUCAUCAUUCUGAACCACCCCGGGCAGAUCAGCCAGGGUUAUGCCCCUGUGCUGGACUGUCACACUGCUCACAUCGCCUGCAAGUUCAGCGAGCUCAAGGAGAAGAUUGACCGCCGUUCCGGCAAAAAACUUGAAGACAACCCCAAAGCUCUGAAGUCUGGAGAUGCUGCCAUUAUCACCAUGGUGCCUGGAAAACCUAUGUGUGUUGAGAGCUUCUCCCAGUAUCCUCCUCUCGGUCGUUUUGCCGUACGCGACAUGAGGCAGACCGUGGCUGUUGGCGUCAUCAAGUCAGUUGAGAAGAAGGCCACCUCCGGAGGAAAGGUCACCAAAUCUGCACAGAAGGCCGAUAAGAAGAAAUGAAUCCUCAUGCAAGGAUUACAUCAAAAAGUCAGGUCUCAGCAACAGUGGGCUGCCCCUUCCCUUCCUCUCCCCUGUCACCCAGCGCCGUCUUCUCUGAGGCAGAGCUCUCUACUCAAGGACUGGCUUAUGCUGAUUAAAACCCAUCGUAAAAGUUUCCGCAGGAAAGGAAGGUGUGCAUCUUCAGGGGGAAAGGAUCGUGAUUAAAUUCAAGCUAGAACAAUAAAAAUCCUAAACUUUGCAAGUGAAAA